AUGGGUCAGGACGACCACACAUGCUUUGCGACGAUUUUCGACGCCGACGUGGCGGUUAUCCCACUGAUAUCGAGGACCUCGAUCCGGCACGCCGACCCGCAGACAGUGAAGGAGUGGCACCGCGACGAGGCGAUCCGCGUGCUGAAGUUUUUCCGGACCGCUGUUCUGGCCGAGCUGCAGCGCGAGGGUAGGAAAUGGGAGUGGGCGAAGCCGUCCGAAGACGAGGUGCAGGAGAGGCUCGCCGACUGCGACGAACCCCUUCGAGAUAAAAUUCCCGAUACCGUCCGGGACUCGGACGCGGGCUCCGGCCUGCUAGCAAUGAGCGCGUUGAUCUGGGCUGUGAGGCGGUUCCAGCGCCUGACCGGCGACCUCCGUCGCAUUGCCACCAGCAUGGACAAGCCCACCGUCUCGGGGUUGAAGGCGCUGCGGAACGAGAUGGUAGCCCUCAUCAAGAAGCAAGUCCCGCUCAUACGGUCGGGGAAAACCGUUGUUGUUGCCGACGCCUGUGACAACGACGGCGAGGAAGUCCAUUCUGCAUCCGUACCAGUAGGGGUCGCCCCGAACGUCGCUGAUGCGCGUGGCAAGUCGGGAGUCGGCGUCGACGAGGCCGAUGCGGCCGCAGGAAAGGGGGUGACCGGGACUGAGGUUGUUCACGGGGAUGAUGAUGGGGUCCAGGAUCGCGAGGAGGAACGUGAGGGUGAGGGGGGCUCGGAGGAGUCGUCGGGGUCGAGGUCGGGGUCGGGAUCGGGGUCGGGCUCGGAGUCGGAGGAGGAGCAGGAGCAGGAGACGCAGGAGCACGAGAGGCAGCACCAGGAGGAGCAGUUGGUAGAGGUGGAGGACGUGGAAAUGGCGGAGGGGUACGUUGUCGGAGGAGCGGAGGAAACGGGUGGGAGAUCGGCGGAUGUCGAGAACGACGAAGGGGAGGGGAAGGGUGCGACAGCGAAUAUCGGCGAGGUCGGCGUGGAGGCGGCUCACGGAGGUGGUGGCAUGGUCGAGGUCGGUGAAGGGGAUAACGCCGCGGUCCCGGAGCAGAGGGGCGUGGAUGUGCAUACCGAUGCCACCGCGGAGAAGGCCGGCGGGGAGCGGUCUAGGAGGAAGAAGGCGGCGAGCGGUCAUCCCGGUUCCACCGCGGCUGGGCGGCAGGCGCGGCUGGACGUCGUCGAUCAGCUGAGGGCGGAGAACAGGCGAUUGCGUGCAGACAAUGCACUCCUUGAACGGCGGCUCGGUGAGCAGACGGGGCGGGUCGACAGCUUGGCGGCGGCAUUAGCUGGGCUCCUCGAGAAGGUGAAGGGUUUGACCGCCCAGGUCGCCGACACCGACCGGAAAUCGGAGGAGCGCCUCAAAGAGGCCACGUCGACCAUGGCGACCACAAUCACCGAGGGCCUCACCGACAACAUGGACAGCGCCAUUCAAUCGGCCAAGUCCUUCGCCGAGCUAGCGAGGCAGACGCUGCUGGAUCUUGACGACCCCAAGGGACGAGCGGCGGUCGCACGCGCGACCGCGGUGAAGACAGUGACCGAGCACGUGACGGCGGAGGUGGGCGAGGCGAGGAAGGGGUUGGAGGAGUCGUUCAUCAAAUACAUCGGCGCCGCGCAGACCAACAUUGCCGUCGCCGUCUCGCCCCGCCUAGUCCAGCCGCCGCCGCCGCCUACCGGCCCAGCGCAGGCCUUGCCGGAAGAUUUCCUGAAGUCUUUCAAGGAGGACGUGCUGAAGGCGGUGACGGAGACCACGCAGCAGUCCUUCCUCGCCUCCGGACUGAAGAUAAUGGCCGAGGUCGUCGGCACGGUGGCGUAUGCUCGGCGUGGGUCGUCGCCGUCGGCAAACGACGCCGGCCAAGCGCAACCUACGGAGGGCUUGAAGCUGGGUCACAAGAGGCGGGGAGGCGGCGGGGGGGGCGACGGGGACAAUUCGGCGAACACGAAGCGGAGCAAGGGAGGCGGGGGGUCUGGCGGCGGGGGGGGGGGACAGAGACGAUUCGGCGGGCGCGAGGCGGACCAAGGGAGCGGCUGCACGGGCCAUGGUGGUGGGGGUCCCGCCGACGAGCAUGCCACUGAUGACGCACUGCCAAUGGCUCCGCCUUCGGUCGGCGUUAAGCCACCACGACAGGGUAGCGGUGUGAAAGGCCUGCGCGACAAGGAGAAGGCCGCCGCCAAAACGGCCCCAGGCGGGUCCGCGAAAGCUGGCCAGGGCCCGAAGACAGGGGUUGCGGAGGCGUCAGCGGUUCCUCACCAGUCUCCCGCGGGUGCACGCCAUCCGACCGGACCGUCUGCCGGGCGACCUACCGACGUCCCGCGCCAUGCCGACGUACCGUCUGCCGACAAGGUUGGCCGCGUGGGAAAAGGGGCGGCAGUUGCGGACGCGCUCAAGGAGCAGCUCAUGCUCCUAGCUGGCCACAGGGCUGUUCAACAGCCCCCCCCUGCUGUCGACGUCCCAUCGGCCAGUGGGCCACGUGUAGUGCCGGUCGUCGCCGCCCGUACUCCUGCAGACCCAAAGUCCGCGUUGUUGCGCGCCCAGCUGGGCGCACUAGCGUCGACUGAGAGGACUCAGGAGGCUUCUGGCUCUGGCUCUAAGCCGUCGUCGGCGAAUGUCGCACCACCCACCCAUGUGGCAGCUGAUGUGGAGAAGGCGGCGGAGAAGGGCGUUCGUGCCGCGCUUGCCACCGGCGGCGGCGCCGUUGAGGAGGUCCCCGCAGACGCUGAUAUCGCUGCCAUACAGGCCCAUCUGGAUGCAGCCAAUCCCCGAACCCUGGCCAUCUCCGACACGGAACAUAGGAAGACGCGGGAGAAGUCGGAGGUGAAGGCGGCGGAUAAACAGAAGGGGAUGGCGGCGGAGACGGCGGCGGACAAAGAUCGAGGCGGCAUUGGGGAGGUUGAAGGGAAAGGGGAGAAUCAUGAGAAGUCGCCCGGCGAGGGUACGUCGACGGGGAGGAAGGGGAAGGACAAGUCGGUCGGAGAAGGUGCGUCGACCGGGAGAAAGGGGAAGGAGAAGGCGGUCGGCGAGGGUUCCUCGAAGGGGAGAAAGGGAAAGAGGAAGGCGGAGGAGGAGGAUGAGGAUGUCGAGGAGGUGGAGGAGGUCGACCAGGAGGAAGAGGAGGAGGAGGAGGAGGAGGAGGAGGAGGAGGAGGAGGAGGAGGAGGAGGAGGAGGAGGAGGAGGAGGAGGAGGAGGAGGGGAAGGGCAAGGAGAGGAGGGGUCAUGGCAUCCGACACGAUACCUCGGGCGACAAGCAAGGGUGGGUCGGCGAGAUUAAGGUGCACGGCAUCAAUCGAUACAUCGGCAAGUCGCGGGACAAGAUGGAGCUCGCGUACGUUCACUCCAUCGCGUACGUCGUCUACGACGGUUUCGUGAGCAAGGUGCUCAUGACCGAGCUCACCGGCUUGGACAGCGCCGAAUUGGAGAGGUGGAAGGAGGUGUGGGAGGAGGUCAGGAUCUUGCCGAUAGGGAUGUGGACGGUGAUGUGGGCCCGGGGUACGCUCCUUCCAAAGACACGGCUGACAGAGAUCCUCGACGCGUAUCGCCAUUACAAGUCCACAGGCGAUUGUCUCCACGCCGCGCUCCUGCCAGCGAUAUGGUACCCAGUCGAUGCUAGCACCGAGGAAGGCCGGGAGAAGUCGGCGUUCAUGAUGUCGGCGAUGAUAGGCCGCGUGUCAAUGUGCGCUGCAUAUGGGAAGACCGCUGCGGCAGCGGCGAAGAAGGAGGGAGACAAGGAGGAGAAGACGGAUAUGGCGGCAUGGGCGUUAGCAGCAUCCGCAUGCGCUGUGUGGUGCUUCGUCGAGAACGGCGAUGCCCAGCUGGCGGAUGCUGUGGAAGAAGGGAAGUCGGCGGCGAUCAUCGGCGGAGCAAGCCAGGCGACCGCCGAUGUAUUCGGAAAAGUCAUGGAGGCGGUGCUGAAAGCCGAGAUGAACAGGGACCGCCCCCUGGGAGAGGUUGCCUACAACGUCGCGCCAGCACUCCAGAGGACCGCCCUUGAUAGGGUCUAUCCGGGGGGGAAUGCUGGAGUAGAUGCCGACGUUAUCGCUAGAGCGAUGGUUGAGACGAUGGCGUUUUGGGGAAUGUGCCCCGUCGCCGGGCCGAAACUAAGAGCGAGGGACAUCGCGGUGCCAAUUGACGCGCAGAUGAAGGCCGAUCUUGACAACAGGGGGAGGAAGGGUCUGAGGGGCAAGAAGGGGACGAAGACCAAGGGCGGCACGGAGAAGGGCAAGAUGUCGAAGAAGGACAGCACGACGGCCUAG